UUAAUUCUCGAUUUAUGAUUAGUUACUAUUAGUGAGUCACCAAAAGCACGGCUGGUAUUCGAAUCGGCAAUUCAUAACCGGCUGUUGCAGCGCUUAUAUCCCAGCUGUUUUCGGCUCUCCGUGGGAGCGAGCACGAGUAGGGAGCAGAGAGCGAAAAACCCAUUUCAACCACCGCACUGUGGGGUACGAUUAUUAUUUAUUAGAAAGUUGUCAAAAUUUGUCUAAAUACGUUUAGACCGCAGAUGGAAACUAAGCCAAAGCAAACCAGCUGCCUAAGCGAUGCAAAAUGUGACAGGCGGCAGCAGCAGUAGCAGCAACUGCCUCAUCAAAGGUUACGCCGCAAUAGCCCCAGCUAAAUAUUAAACUAAAAAACAGAAACAAGAGUUUAAGGCCAUGAACUAAAGUAAUAAACGGCUGAGCUGUAAAAUGCAAAGUAAUUCAAAUUUAAACUAGCUGGGACAUGAACCGCAAGCAACUGUACAUUCGAGACACCAACCGCGAAGCACAAACAUUUUGAAAAGGGCAGCAGCAAUAACAAAACCACCACAAAGGUUGAUGAGGGAAACCGCACGUGAACUACAAACAAAAUAAACAAAUUAGGAGAAGGAUAGAAAGGCGGAAGAUAGACAAGUGCUAGCGCAAACAGCAAAAGGCAGAAUUUUGGCAUUGGCUUAGCGGGGACAAGAACCAACCAGUACACCAACCAAUUAGGCGUUUAGCAAUUGAAGAAGACGUGCUGCAACCAAUAGCUCAACGAUCAGGCUGAGGAGAGUGACAGACUGAAACGAAGGCAGUUCGCCUGGAUUAACGGAAUGCCCAGCACGGCGGGCAGUGCGGCGGGCGUUGGGAUGGGCGCCCUGAUCAACAGUGCCGGCAGCAGCGCCAGUAGCGUCAUGGGCAUCGGCAUGGGCAGAGCAGCUGCUACGGGAGCAGGAGCACCAGGCAGUUCGGGAUCUGGAGCAGAGGCCUCCGCCGGCACUUUAAUCGCCCAGAGCACGGCGGGAACGAGCGCCGCCAGCAGCGGAACCAUGCCCUGGGACAACAAUGGAACCCUGCGAUCGAUCAAUCCCGGCGACUGGUCCAUCGAACAGAGCCUCGGGCCACAUCACCUGUACUUUCAGCUCGGCUGGGCCUUUCUCUUCCUAGCCUUUUUGGCUCCCCACGGUCCCUACGGCGCCCUGUGGAUGCGGGCCAUGCUGCUCAUUGGCUGCCUGAUGAUGGGCAUGCAUGGCUACUUGGUGGCCUUUGCAAAGGACGUCAUCCUGUGGUCGGGCAUGGGACUUUUUGUCAACUUCAUCUAUCUCGUCGUGGUGCUGUGCCGGCUGAGGCCUGUGCGAUUCGAGCAGGAAAUCGAAGCGGUGUACCUGGCACUUUUCCAGCCGCUGCACGUGACGCGCCACCAGUUCAAGAAGGUGCUCAACUGCAUGAAGGUGAUACGUGCCCUGAAGUACCAGGAGGUCUACGCCCAGGAGAAGGUCACCAAGGUCGACAGCCUGUCGCUGGUGCUGAGCGGCAAACUGGUGGUGUCGCAGCAUCAGCGCGCCCUGCACAUUGUGUUUCCCCAUCAGUUCCUAGACUCGCCGGAAUGGUUUGGCGUCUCGACCGAUGACUACUUUCAGGUCUCCAUCAUGGCCAUGGAGGAGUCGCGCGUGCUGAUCUGGCAUCGCGACAAGCUCAAACUGUCAAUUAUGGCCGAGCCCUUCUUGCAGACCGUCUUCGAUCACAUUCUGGGCCGGGAUGUGGUCAAGAAGCUGAUGCAGGUCACCCAGGUGAGCGAGUCGAUAGCCAGCAAUGGCUUCCUGCCCUCUGGUGGAUAUGCUGAGGAUGCGGAGGACAAGCCCAUGUUGAUACUCAAGAAGAGUGUGGAUGUGGGACACGGACUGACGGCCCUGAUCAACCGGCAGCUACAGGACGAGCAUGUUCCUUUACUCGGUCGCACGUACAAACAACAAGAACAACUACUACUACUGCAAGAACAACUAGAACAACAACGCGUACAAGAAGCAACAACCAGCGCCAACAACAUCGAGCAAAGUGCAAUCUGAAUUUAUGCAACCGCCCGCUGCUGCUCAACUUGCCACGAACAGAAAUCAGAGCACCCAUCCGUCCCUUCACCUUUGACCUGCACAAGAACUACCAGAAAAACAACCCCACCCACACAUGCAAACAGCCAUCAGUCAUCAGUCAGUCAUCAAUCAUGCGCAGCCACACCAACAGCAACAUCACGAUCAUCAGAAAAGCGAAAAGAGCUGUCGAAGAAAUCUGGAAGCUAUCCAUCUAAAUCCGCAUCCUAAGUUCCAUAUAUAAUAAUCUCAUCUUUAGCAUAGCAACUAGCACUAGCUAAACAAGCAUCUAACACAUCUAAUCGUUCUAAUAGCCAACUUUGUACUACCCCACAACUGCAAACAAUUAGCCAGAGACUUGAGUUUUGUGUAAAGUAAUUGAUUUGGGAAACAUAAACUUUUCGUCCCAGCGGAAAUGUACUAAAACACCGUGUUUAGAAGGCUUUAGGAACUUGGAGAAGUUACUAAAGAAGUUUACAGACGUAAAAAUUAUUCGCCAUUUCCCCUGAUACCCCUUUUUAGGAGGGUUAUUCAAACACAUAAGUAGUCUUUUAUCAAACGGAGGAAAAAGCUUAUAUAUAUUUGUAAAGUAAGGACUAAAAUCUAGAAAACCGGCAGAACUGCCUAAAAUGCUUUGUAGUCUCACCUGACAACUCUAUUUAGCAGCGUAGAGAAAAACACAACAUAGUAGACCGUCAUUAAAAACAAAAAAACAAGAAAGAUCUUGGCGCGCUAAAACUAUUUAAUUAAACCCGUACCAAUAUACUUGUACCCCAUAAAGAUAAGAAACCAAUUAUUUCACAAAGGAAACACAAAAACAAGUAGGAAACAUACUUACAUGGCAACACUGUUGAAUUCAAUAUGCUCCCCGAAUCCUUCGCAAAAACUAUCGUUAACUGCAGUCAAACCAGUUGUAAAAAUUGUAAUUUAUUUUGACUGAUCAUGGUUGUAUGUUGAGUUGUAGUCAGACAAGACACUUGAUUGCACAUGAAUUAGUUUCAGUUUGAGUGGGGUUUUCAAUUGAACACGAUCAGAAAGCCAACCAAGGUUUAAAUUUGAAAUUAAUUGAUCGUGGUUUUGAGUUUGAAUUGAAAUUAGUAAUAUUUGAUAUAUCACGCAGUAUACAAACAUUUUAUAUUAGUUGAAGUUGUUGAGUACCACUAAGUAAGUAGUAGAAGAUCGUAUAAACGACUUUACACACGUGUAAUAAAGGAAACCUUUGUAGACGCAGACUAUUUUCCAAGAACCUAUUAUAAGUUUUCACAAGCAUAAUGACUAGCAUACAAACUGGUUCGAUUGCAGCUCUUCAGCUUCAAUUACCGAUUCCAGAUCUCAAGAUCGAUCAGUCUAGUGACAGGUGACAUAGGUAAUAAAUGAACUUUUCCGCUGGGCCAGGAGUUUUCAACGCUUUAUUUGAUUAAAUUCUGAUUUCUUACCGCUUGGCAUUUACUGGAAAUUUACUGUGCUGGCACAUCCAUCAAGUCUCUAAAUCUUCCAUUAACACAUUAUUAUUUUUUGUAUUUCUAUAUGCAUACGUAUUUUUCGUUGAUUCGUUGAUUGAUUUGCAUACAAAUUGAGCUUGAAGAAAGCGUGAAAACUAAUUAGAAUUAAUAUCGAAUAAUAUUUGAUAACGUUAAGCAAUACAUAGCCUAAGUUGUUGUACAUACGCUAUAUAUAUUUGCUGUACAUAAUCCCGAGUGCCCUCAAAUCCGAGAAGCCCCUAAUCAAAUACUCUACUCCCCCAAGAAAGUGUAAUAAACGUAGUGGAAUCAAUGUGAAUGUAAACAAGCCAAAAACCGAAAGCUAAUAAAAAACACAUAAUCAAGAUGAA